AACUUUCCACCAGCAGACCCACGAAUUUCCAACACCCAAAAACUCACGAACUUCACCCCCCUCCAUCAAUCCCAAUCUCCCACAACUAAUCCACCAAGCAGCAAGUCAAAAUGGCAAAAAGAGGCCGUGGAGGUGCCGCCGGUAACAAGCUCAAGAUGACCCUCGGUCUCCCCGUCGGCGCGGUGAUGAACUGCUGCGACAACAGCGGCGCCCGCAACUUGUACAUCAUCUCCGUCAAGGGAAUCGGUGCUCGUCUUAAUCGUCUCCCGGCUGCCGGCGUUGGCGACAUGGUCAUGGCCACUGUCAAGAAGGGAAAGCCCGAAUUGCGCAAGAAGGUUAUGCCAGCCGUUGUUGUGCGCCAGAGCAAGCCAUGGAGGAGGGCUGAUGGGGUUUACCUAUAUUUUGAGGAUAAUGCUGGGGUGAUCGUCAAUCCUAAGGGCGAAAUGAAGGGAUCUGCUAUUACUGGCCCUGUCGGUAAAGAGGCGGCGGACUUGUGGCCCCGUAUUGCUUCAAAUUCUGGUGUUGUCAUGUAAACAAAAAAAACAAAAAAACAAUUGGUAUUUCUAAAGCAAAAAUAAAAGGUUGUUCGGUUCCUCUGGGUUUCCUAUUCGUCAUUAUCUCUCUCUUGUUUUCUUUUUCUUAUUUCUCCACAACUGGUUUCUCCCGGAGUCCACUAGGCUUUUUACGCGAUUGAGGGACGGGUUGUGACGCUUGGGAAAUAAACGGAGCUUUGUCCCCAUGAAA